GAGCCUGGCCCCUCCCCUAGUAGAUUAGUCCCCGCCUCUGGUAGUCAAAUCGUCCCUAACCUAGGAUUCCCUGAGCUGGGACUAGCGAAAUCUGUCCGCACUGAUCGCAGUCGUCCUCAGUUUUACCCUCUGGGAAUCGGCCUGGGGGUGCACGUGCUGCUCUCUUCCACCAGGCCCGUCCCUGGCGCGUGGCGCGAUCCGUGUCCAUGUCCGCGGCUGUCAAUAAAGUUGCUCACUUGUUGCCGGCCCGCUACCCCGAGAGGUUGCGCGCGCAGCCCGAGAAGUCUCGCGAUAGCCAGCUGCGUCUGCCCUUGCUCUUGCCGAGCCGGCGGCGUCUGAGGUGUGGGAUCAGGGUAGCAGGCUAUGGCGCCGAAGGUUUUUCAUCAGUACUGGGAUAUCCCCGAUGGCACCGAUUGCCACCGCAAAGCCUACGUCACCACCAGUAUUGCCAGCGUCGCUGGCCUGACCGCCGCUGCCUACAGAGUCACACUCAAUCCUCCGGGCACCUUCCUUGAAGGAGUGGCUAAGGUCGGACAAUACACGUUCACUGCAGCUGCUGUCGGGGCCGUGUUUGGCCUCACCUCCUGCAUCAGCGCCCAGGUCCGCGAGAAGCCCGACGACCCCCUGAACUACUUCCUCGGUGGCUGCGCCGGAGGCCUGACUCUGGGGGCACGCAAGGACACAGGUCACCAAGGUCACCACCUGUCUCUGCCACUGGCCUGUGAGUCAGAGAGGAGAUGCUGGUCCUCGCCCUGCCAGCUCUCUCCCUGCACCUGGAGCCCUGCAGGGGAGCUGCCCCCGCAACCUUCACUUUACAGAAAAGGGCAUUAGGGCUCAGGGAGGGAAUGAAUUGGCCCAAAGUCACCUGGAGGAGCAAGUGGCCUUCUUUGCAGCCAUCAGAGGGUGCAGCCCUGGUGGAGGAGGCCCCGCUUGGCACAGGGGAACCCGCUUGGAGCAUGAGCCAGACACCACUCCUCCUGCUCUCCCACGGGCCCAGGCUCAGGGUCAGUGCCCGCCUGUGCCCCUGGCCUACCCUCAGCCGCCAAGGCUCGGGCCCUCAGGGCCAGCGGGAGGAGUGAAUGAGCCUUCUUGCAACUCAGCCGCUCUGGCCUGGCAUGUUGGGAGUGAUGGAUGGCAGGUUCCGGGCAGGCAGAGAGGGAGGGUGCGAGGGCAGGGCCUAUUCAGUCUCUGCGUCAAGACCUUGGGGAGGCCCUGUCCCUCCCCAGCUCCCACUGGAACUGGUCAGAGGUUGGAGGUGGGUUGAGGUCUUGACUGUAGCCUAGCUUGGGCUGGAACUGCUCCCCGUCCCCAAGCCAGCCUCCCUGUCUCUCUUCAAAGAGUGUGAGUCCCUGUAGGUCCUGGUGUGUGGGACACACCUCCUUCCUCCUCUGGCCCAGGGGCUUUGGAGCAGGAGAGCCCGGGGAAGUGGGGGCACCGUCUAGGCUCCUCGGUACACCGACCACGGGACAGAUGCAUGGCCUAGCCCUGGCAUCCAUGAGCAGAGGAGAGACUGAGACACACUGAUGUGUCACCACUGCCCGGUGCCCAGCCUUGCCGCAGCCCCAGGCGGGGGCAGCACAGUGUCCCUCUCAUAGGAGGCAAUCAGUGUGGGGCGGGAUGAGGACCCACAGCCUGGGUUCCUGCUGGGAAGCGACCUGGACUCCAGCCUCCCUGUGUGCGUCAGUUUCCACAUCUCCAGAGUCUAGGGCCCUCCUCCUGAGUGACUUAAUCCCUGAAGAGAGUGUCCUGUCAGGGGUCUCACUCUGGCUCCCAGGGUAGGCACUGGCCAGGGCGUGGAGCAUCUUGGUCCGGCCGAGCCGCACCCGGCCCUGACAUCACCUCCCCACUC